GCGCCUAUUGCAAUAAUAAUUAACGACUACCUACACCAAAUUACCGCUCAUAGGGCAACAACACCAGUCCACGUGACGUGUGUCCGAGAAAAUUCAAAUUUAAAAGCCCCAUUCAACGACCAACCGUCAAAUUAUGAUCCCGACAGAUAUCGCUAUCUGUCGGACAAACAAAGCGCCACAAGAAGAAUAGCACCUGUUUUCACCGCGAGACAGGUGAGCAGCGGCGGGGUUACCUGCGUGUCACGUGACUUUGACUUUUCCCCACGUAGAAAAAAAACGAACACAACCGCGCCUCGAGUCCUCCCUCAUCUACGUUGGCCGCGGCAACGAAUCGUUCGUCUUUUGUUUGGCGGGCAAAGGAACUCUCUGAAUGCACCUCUAUGUGAUUGCAGCCAGCGGUUUACCUGAGUGAAACAGUGUCCGAAUCAAAGUGCGCUAGAUAGUCGAUUCGAUCGUAACUUGUUUUAGAGAAUGCGAGUAUUUCGAAAUAGCGUUGCCAAGGUGGGAGCUAGUGCGUUCGUCUAAACUUUUCGUUGUUGGUUGCACGGUAAAUGUGAUUGAUCGAGAACGACCUACUAUCAAUAAAGGGUUUGUUGCAUUCCGCGUACGUUUCUGCGAUAUGAGGUGGGCUUGAGGGGGUUUUAAAAUGUGUGUGAAUGCAGUGCGGACGUUGUUUAUCGUAUGUUCCAUCCUGCUAGUGCCUUCGAAACCAGUUAUUUCACAAGACACAUCCAACGAUGGUGCAAGGACAGAGAAGUCUCCAACGGAGCUCUCAGGGGGCAUGAUAGUGAACAAAUUAGUUUUAUCAAAAAACGAGAGUCCUUUCUGGCUGAGGAAUGAUAUCGUUGUCGAGAGAAAAGCGGAAUUGGUGAUAGAGCCAGGGGUGACCGUCAGAGUUGAGCCCCAGGUUGGAAUAACCGUCAGAGGAGUUUUCACUGCAGAGGGAACUCAAGACGAACGAAUAACGCUAACGAGCUCGGAAGAAUCAUCGGUGAAGAACUUAAAUUUCCCGGACAUCCGCCUUGUGGACGGUCCAACGAUUUUGUCUGGUAGAGUACAAAUACGCCAUAAUGGUCAGUGGCGUAGCGUUUGCACCAACUCCAGAAACUGGACUUCAUUCGACAUGGCAACGGCCUGCAGACAGCUGGGCUUCCAAGGUGGCUCCUUCCAAGGCUGGCACAACCGGCAGAUGCCGCUCAAACCCCGGCUGCUCUACGAGCAACCCAAGUGCUCGGGCACCGAAAGUUCCCUGUUCGAUUGCGACUGGGACACCAGGCAGCUGGGCUCAGGGGUCUGCGACUACCACCCCGACUUCGGCCUUGAAUGCCUGCCCAGGCACGAGAAGCCUCUGCCCUUCUGGAGGGGAAUACGCUUCGAGAACGCCGUGAGCCACAAAAUACUGACGCUGGAGAACACGGUCUAUGUCCCUGAGUCGUUGUCCAAGCUGCGAUACGUCAAUAUUCGCUACGCAGGCGCUGGCCGAGAGCAGAACACUACGAGUGCCUUGGACGUGAUAGGAGUACCACCCGGUAUAGACCACUUGGAGAUCUUCAACUCUGCUUACAACGCCAUCAACAUAACCAAUCCCGAAGCUCCCAUUUCCAUAAACAACUGCAAAAUAAGGUUCAACAGGGGAUAUGGGGUUUUCAUCAACUCCAGCUAUGGCUCAGCUCACGUAGACAGCUGCAGCGUGAGCCAGAAUGGCGGCGAUGGCAUCCGACUGGUUAGAAGCGAAGAAAGACCAGAAGAGAGAGCUGACAGAAACGGUUUCAACGAUUUCUGUCAGCUGGCUAGUGCAUCAAGCCAAACAUUCCCUCUGCAUCUGUUCGCGGAGCAAACCGUCUUCCUUAACAAGCAAGUUAACUGCAACAAGGUGUUCACUACCAGAUACGGCCACAUGUUGACACUGCAGUUCACCAGAGCAGUCACCAAUCGGAAUGACAGCGCCAAUUUGGAGAUUUACGACGGAUCGACUCUAAACAACAGGUUGAUAACCAAAUUCUCGAUCAGGAACAACACUAGGCCACAGGCAGUUACCAGCACUGGUAAUCAAAUGUUCGUAAAAUUCCGUGCUGACCCCUACACCGAAACGGUGAUCUUCAUGAGAAUUACGUCAGGGCUGCGGAAAACCUUCGACGUUAACGUCAGCAACUCCGAUAUAUCGGAAAACUUGGGUAGAGGGAUCGUGGUGGAUAACUUGAGAUCGCAGAUCCACGUUUACAAGACCUCCGUGUCGAAAAACGAGCACGUGGCGGGUAUCCAAGUGACGAGCGGUGUAGGGGAUGUGAAUGUGACGGAGAGCAGGGUUUCUUUCAACGAGGGCGACGGUAUCAAUAUCACUUACACUGGAGGUAGCAGGAACAUCUCGCGGACCUCCAUAAGUUCCAACAAAGGUUAUGGCGUUGCCAUAUGGCUGAACGACACCGCCGAAACGGAGUAUAUCUUCGUGAAUCAAACGAGCGUGGUUCAGUACUCGGAGAUCUACAAAAACUUGGAUGUAGGUGUCUUGCAUGGAAAUUACUGCGGAGAGGCGCUGUUCAAUAUCACCGAGAACUCGUUUACCAACUGCUUGAGCGACGCUUUGGAGGUUCUGUCGUGCUGGAGGCCUAGCAAUGUAUUGACCAAGCUGCAAAUCGGGCACAAUAAAUUCUUCGCGAGCGAUCGGAUCUCCUUGAAGAUUUCCCCUGCCGUGAACUUAGAUGCAACUAUUGAGUACAACCAUUUCAGGCACGGGACAUUCGGUGGCUUGCUCAUCAAGAAUAAACCUCUGGAAGAGUUCAAUGUCUUAGAGAACGAGAUCAUAGUCCAACAGAACUACUUUAUGAAUAACACUGGGACCUUUGUAGUCAACUUGGGGCUAUCUCCUUACGCUGAGAAGCAGUACCUACUGUUCACUAGGAACUUCGUGAAGAACAACAAAAUCAGCGAACCUUUCCAAAUGGAAGAUGGCACGGUUUCAAACCUGAAUCCGAGAAGUCGGGUGGCAGCACCUGUUGUAGUAGGCUCCGAUAACGUGCACGUAUACAGGAACAUUAUAGAGAACCCCGACUCUAAAUACGAAAUUGGUAGCCAUUUGGAGGACCAAAGCAAAACGAUCAAUGCUACUUUCAAUUGGUUGGGAUCCGGCAGGGACGAGGAUAUUUUCUACAGACUUUUUCACCGCUACGACCGGUAUAACCUCGCUAGGAUAGCUUUCGUUCCCUUCUUGCUGCAUAACACCAACCCUUUGACUUCUAGAAUCAACGGCAAUCAGUUUUAUGUCCCGAAAUUUUCAUCGGGAAGCUCGGAUCGUAUUGGGGGGGAAAUAGAAGGCGAGGAGACGAUCCUCAAAGGGGAGUACAUAGUGGUGAGGGAUAUCAGCAUCCGACCUGGUGGAAAGCUCUCCAUAGAAUCUGGAGUGACCUUGCGAUUCCCGCCAUCUGUCGGCAUGAUGAUUGGCGGCAGGCUGGAUGCUAGAGGAAUUGAACCAGAUAGCAUAAGGUUCACUUUGAAGGAAGAGCUGGUCCAUGCUCCCGACAAUGUGACUUAUGACACUGAGACUGAGCGGUAUGAUUCUGAAACGGAGAUGAUCCAGAUCGAGCCCAAGGUGCCUAUCAGGCUUCUUGGGGGUAACGAGGAUACUGAAGGGAGGUUGCAGUUGAAAAUUGAUGAGCAGUGGGGUACGGUGUGUAGUUAUGGGUGGACCAUGAAGAACGCAGCUUUGGUUUGCCAGCAGUUGGGAUACGUGUUGAAUCCAGAUGAUUGGAAUUUGGAACGUAAUGAAAUACCAGCUGCAGGUACAACAGGGAAGGUCAUCCUCUCCAAUGUGCAAUGCGACGACUUUGACUUGGAUAUCACCAAAUGCAGAUCGGAAAAAGUCGGUGAUUUCGAAAAUUCCUGCUCCCACGACAACGACGUCGGAGUCAGAUGCUACAAAACCUCUUGGGCUGGAGUCAGAUUCGGAUCGUUAGCAGAAAGAACCGAUAUACAAUUCCUUACUAUAGAAAAGUCAGGCCUGCUAGACUACGCCACCAACUCUUUCAAACCAGCCCUGCAGCUCGACUUCGCUCGUCAAAACUUCGAAAACAUCAAGAUAACUGACAACUUCUUUCACGGGCUAGGCAUAAUGUACUCCGACAUUUUCUCAGAGUCCGUCAACAUCAUCAAAAACUCCCAGUUCUCCAACAACAAAGGUGCCGGCAUCAGCCUCAAACAGCUCGGUCUCACCUUGUACAACGACAAAAUCGAAAACAACUUCAUCGGCAUCGAACAUAACCCCAUUUUAUCAGGACUGCAGCAGCGAGAGCUCGCCGGUUGGUUCAUCAAAAACGACGACGAAAACUACUACAACCCCUUUACUAUCCCCCACAACACCGAUCAGAACAUUGUGGAGCUCCAGCGAGGCGAAACCAAGUACCUCGUGACCUCGCAAGUGUACGGUGACAGCGUUUCAAGGUCGUACAGGGUGCGCUGCGAUCCCGGGUGGGUGGUCGGCAUUCAGCUACUGAACCCGAUCGAGAACAGGAGCACCGAGAGCAUCGUGGUGCACGACGGGCUGACCUCUAACGGCGACACGCAGUACUACCUGUUGCGCAGGGACUUGACGGUGUUCCCGAUGACGUCCAGCGCGCACGGGGUGGUACUGGAUUACGUCAGCGGGUCGAACGCGUUGGGCGGUACCGUGCUGGUUAUUAGUACCGUUAGAGCACCUCUGCAGACCGUUUAUAACAGGAUAGUGAAGGGUCCGGUGCCGACUCUGAGUUUGUCGCGUACGGUGAUUAGGAACAACGAGUUUGGAGUGCACGCCUCGUAUUAUAAUAGGUACUUGGACGAGCUGGGGAACCAUUUUUUGAGGAAGGCUAACGAGACGAUGAAGUUUGCUGGUUGUGAUGUCAGUCAUAAUAAGAGGGAGGCUGUUUUUGUGCAUUCUCCGUACUGGGAUUUGCAUACGAGUAAUAUUUCUGAGAUGACUUUCAUGCUGAACAGAACGACUAUUUCAAAUAAUGAGAAGGGGAUUUAUCAGUUUUCCAGAGAUAUGCGAUCGUCGAAUAAUCUGUUCCACUAUGUUUUCCAAGAUAAUACCAUAGAGAGUAACAAAGGUGGUGGAUUCGACAUUUCUCUCCCAUACGUCUGGCAAUAUAACGAAAACUUCACUCACUCGGUAUACAUGGACAACAACACCUGGUCCAACAACCUCAACUUCGAAAUCACUAUCGACGGCCAUUUCGCCAUCGUAAACAUCACCAACAACUCCUUCCAAGACAACAACUGCAAACAGGGAUUGCUGGCCGUCAAGGGCAUGGAAAAGAAACUGUUGAUACGAGACAACAGAUUCACUAACAACAAUGGCCGAUACAUAGUCGAGUUUAGCUCGAACAGUCAGUCGGAGAUCAUAGGAAACGUACCUGCAGUUUUCAUUUAUAACGAGUUGAGGGGUAACAGAUACAUGAUGCGAGGCAGAGGAGGAGUGCUCCAGCUGGAGCAGUACCCAACUUGCGUCAUCGGUUUCAAAGGCAUACAAAAAGUCAGAGUCAACAGGAACCUUUUCUCUGAUAACGCCCUCGACUACCACCUAUUAGCCGGCAUCAAAACCGCAAAGAUCGGCAACUACCUCGACGUAGCCUUGAACUGGUGGGGCUCCGAGGACGAGAACCUCAUCAAGAGCAAAAUCUUCGACUUCGACGAUUGGAACGACCACGCCAUCGCCCAGUACAGGCCCUACCUCCUAGAAGACCACUUCCAAGCCAGCCACUCGACCACUUUCUCGGCUAACGCCACCGUGGACUUGGAAGACCUCGGUGGAAGGAUCUACGAGGACUUGAAGUUGACCACAAGAGGUCGGCCGUAUAUCGUGCGGAAAGACAUUACCGUGAUGCCUAACGUCACGAUGACUAUUUAUCCGGGGGUGGUGGUGGAGUUUGCGCCCAACGUGGGGCUGCUGGUGCUGGGGGUGCUCAAUGCUAGGGGGUAUGCGGGCAAGGAGAUCGUGUUGAGGCCCGUGACGGCGUCGGGGAGUUUGAGAAGGGAGGAGGACGUGAGGGAGAAGCGGGAGACUGAAAAGUUUUAUGGGCAGGAAGCGAUAAGACUCUGCAAAACCCGCGACUGCGAAGAACCCGACGAAGACCCCGCCACCGAAGGCUUCCUCGAGUACUUCAACGGCACCACCCUCCAGUGGAUCCCCAUGUGCGACUCGCGCUUCACCGAGCGCAACGCGCAAGUCGUCUGCCGCGAACUGGGUUUCGACCCUCUCACGGCCUUCUUCGACUUCGGCGAGCGGAUAGAUUUCCACAGCAACUCGCUGUCAAGGAUCUGGACGUGGCCGGAGCCUCUACAGUGCGUUGGUACUGAGAGGAUGUACGAGGAUUGCCCAAUACGACUGAACGGACAGCAAUUCGGGCAUAGGCACAAGUGCGAAUGGAACUCGAAGUUCGUCUUCAUCCGGUGCGACCGGUAUCGCACGAGGCACAACUAUUGGGGAGGCGUGAGGUUCGCCGACGCCGAGUUCGAGCAGCAGCUGUACACCCACAGGAUACACGACAUCCACACCCACAUGACAGUGCAGUCCUACGAGUCCACCCUGGAGUACGUCAACAUCGACGGGGCGGGUAUUUUGCACAACGAGAAAUCCUCGGCGGUGCAGGCUGUCAUCAAAAGUCCCAGGAUCAACUACGUGGUGAUCAAUAACACCGCUGCGGACGCUCUCGAUCUGAUAUCUCCUUCCGGUACCAUGAUUCUGCUGCGGAACAACAUCCAGAACUCGUUGGGAGUGGGGAUAAACGUGCUGUCUUUGUCUGGGGAAGGCAGGGAGUCUGAAGAGUCGAGCUUCACCCCUCUGAAAGGUCUGAACGUACCCUACCACCUGUUCAGCCUAGUGGACAUCUGCGACACCCACAAGGAGAUCCACAUCGAGGAGCGCGUCCUGCUCUACCACAAGUACGACAACCAUCCGGUCAACUGCAUCAAGAUCUUCCGCAGCGCCUACAACAUCAAGCCGCUGGGGCUGCGCCUGCUGCAGUUCGACCUCUUCAAUUCCACCACGAAGUACGGCAUCCCGGACUUCCUGGAGAUGUACGACGGGGAUAUUUAUAACGUGUCCUCCACGUUGAUUGAUCGCGUGACGAUGAGUUCGGGUAAUGAGAAGCGGCUGUUCAGGUCGUCGCUGCCCAGUUUGAGCGUGAAGCUGUUUGCUAACGGGGCUUCGAGCGUGCAUGGGUUCAUUGCCGAGGUGGUUACGCUGCCGAUAUCAGCCAUGACUUUCAACAGAGACGUUCAACACAACAUAACCAGAUCUAUAGUUAACAACAAUGGUCAGAGCGCUAUACUCUACAUGGCUUCCGGUGAGGUCAAUCCGACUGUAACUAUCGAGAAAAAUCAAUUCAAAAACAACUGUAGGAAGCUGUACGGAAAUUUCACAACUUGCAAAUCGGCAGUAGAAAUUGACGUACAAAACACUCAGUCUAUAUACUUCAGGAGUAAUUUGGUGGAACAAAAUCAAGGCGGACUUUAUAUCAAAGCAGACUCUCGGGGAGCUGCGACAUCUUUGAGGGCUUUUGUCCACAACAAUCUGUUUGUUAACAAUUCGAACUUGCCAGUUUUAUACGUGGAAGGAAGAAAAUCAUCACCGUAUCAAGAAGUGACGAUAUAUCGGAAUUAUUUCACGAGGAACUAUGCUCUUUACCAGAAUAAUAUCAUCCUGAGACAGGUGGUGUCUAAUUUCACUUAUAAUUACGUCAAGAGGAAUAUUGGUCUGCAGAAUUUGGAAGUUUCUGGAUUCGACAAAGUUAGGCUGAAUAUCUACCAGACUACAACACAUAAUGGUUUCUACAACAAUUUCGCUGUGAAUAGGGAUAGUAGAUCGACUGUCAUUGCUGGUACCGCUGGUCAACACUAUGUGGAUAACAUUUUCUGGGAUCCUGAUAAUGAUUAUGAAAUGAUCACUGUCAACCGAUCUUUAUUCGAAUUCAACAGCACCCUCCAACUUUGGAACACAAAGAUCGACGCUGCGAACAACUAUUGGGGCAGCAACGUGACCUUGGCCGUCAGAGGGCGGAUCAGGGACCAGAGCGACGACCCGCGCUUGCUGGAGGUGCUCUUCGAGCCGUUUUACAUGAACAACGGCAGCAUAUUGGACGGGAAAUGCCCGCCUGGGUGGGCGCUGGUCGGGGAGACUUGCUACAUGUACGUGGGAGCGCCGAUGACGUUCUGGGAGGCCAAGGCGUUCUGUCAGGCGGACAAUGCGUCUGUCCCAUAUCUGUUGGGCAACAUCAACUAUCUGCCGCUGUACGAGUUUCUGCGAAAGCAGGACCAAUGGUUUUUGUAUUCUGACAAAGUGUGGGUUCAACAUAUCGAUAGGAUCAACGAGUGUACCGCUUUCGCCUAUCAAUCGGUGGAGGUUCAGGAUUGCCAGAGGCUCAACCCCUUCAUUUGUGAAAUAGAUCCUAAGGUACAAAUCAGGAUCCUUCCUCUGGCGGACGAUAUCGUUACCAUAUCUGUGAUAAGUAGCAUAGCUUUAGCUGUGUUGCUGAUAAUAAUUUUGGCGGUGUGCUGGUGGAGCAAAUCCAAAUUCAGGCAAGCGCAGCGCUUGGAGAGGAGGAACAGCAUCAGACAGAGCCUGCACUCGCUGAGAUCGAUAGGGGCGUCUCAGAGCAGUUUCGCUGAUCCGGGGUACAGAAGAAAGCCGACACAAAUGAGCACCCGGUCUACAGACACCCUAACCAAGAAAAUGAUCACCAACGGUUCCCUAGACAGCAUGGAAAAGUCCGCAUACAGCUCCUCGAUAGACGACAACCAGUCCUACGAAGUCUACGAGACGAACAACCCCCACCCCAACCCCUCCUCGUUCUCCUUCACCCCCACCAUCGAAUACCACAAGUCCCCAGCCAGACAAUACGCCAGACCUGAUGGCGAUUUGGCCUUCCGAAACGAGGGCUUCAGGGACAACUCCACCUUUGCCACCAACUCCAACUACCAAUCGAGGGCGGAGAGCACGCAGGACGACUCCACCGAGGAGUCGCCCAUCAUGGAGAAGGAGGAGUCGUACCCGCCCAGCGAGUACUGCGACAACGACACGCUGCCCAUGCGUAGCGACCGCCCCGCGCGCAACUUCAACUUCCUGCAGGAGCUGCGCGAGAAACUGCCCGAUAAGCCGCCCACGCCUCCGAAAAGGUACUCUCCGGGGUUCUCGAGCAACUUCAGCUACUCCCCGGAAGAAAACAACGUUCUGGAGACGGAUUUCGACGAGCCAGUGCCCAAGCCGAAGACCCGAUCGAAGAGCGCGGUGUUGCUGGAGACGAACUUCGAUUACACGCCGCCAGGGGGCGGCAGUCCCGUUUUCAAUCAGCCCAUCUCGGACGCCAGCCGCAGCAAGAGUCAACCGCUGGAGACUGCCAUGUGAGGUAUCUGUGGACAGAUGACGUUGAUUUUCGUGAAAAUGAUAGGGGUAUGGGGCUGGUUGGGUUACCCCCACUUAUCCUUUUGAUUAUGGCUCUUUCAGGAGCAUGAUGUGCGUCUAGAGCUUGGGUAAAACGUGAUAAAAUCUUGAAAGCACCUGCGUCAGAAGCGUAGGCAUAUAAAAAAAGAGGAGACGAAAUUGUUCACAUUUUGAUCUGAUCCAGCAUUGUUUUCAGCAGCCAACGAUGAUGACAAAUUUCUACGGAUUAUAAUGCAUUAUGGACAUAACUGUAUCGGCGUGUUUACUACCAGUGACGCAUAUUUUUCUUGAAGUCAUUCUCGUAUGUCAAAAACUGACGUGUUGUGCUGUGUUUGUUACCAUUUCAGGACUUUUUGUGUUUCAAUUCAAUUUUCAGAGUUUUCUUGUUAUAAAACUAUAUGAAGACAAUAAUUAUCAAUAGUCUAUUAUGGUUCGCCAGUGCGUGGAUUGUGAAACAGUUCACCAUUGAAACUCCACAUUGGUAUUUCGACGGCAAGUAAGGUUAUGUUUCUUUCAUUUUGAGCAGUGGUGUAGUUAUCACAGGUUAUUCAACUAAACUAUCGCAGUUUUUUAAAGCCAUCUUCUAACUCAUUUGUGGAUAAUUCUCUUACAGUGAAUGUUUAGAUUUUCAUGUACAGAGUGUUCCAUUGAUAAAUUUCCAUGAGUGUUCCACCAGUUGGUGAGAUUUGAUCAGUCUUGUGUUUUUUUAUCUCAAUGUGGAACUUGACGCAUAGAAGACGAUAUUGUAGAAAGAUGCCAAAUGGAACAAGAAGUAAAAGUUACCAACUUUGAUUCCACGUCUCAGCGUGAUCUGGUGGACAAUUAUAAUAUGUCAGCCCUCAUUGAACACAUCAAAGUGUGAAAAAAGACAAGAUUUACGACACGUAUUAUAAAAAGUUAGUUCUUCACUUCAGAAUAAAUAUCACGCUUUAGUUCUUCAUGGUUUUUGUGGAGUAUGAGUCAGGCGUUCUUCUUUCCUUCAGUUGAUUCAAGAAAGUUUGGGUUUGAUACGAUUGACUCACAAAAGUAUGAUUGCUUUUUUUCAAAUUUAUGAAAAAUGUUUUACUCCGGGCUUCAUUCAAAAAGAGGACUCUCAGUGAUGUUCUCCUCUUUUGUCUGUAUAUUUCAAGAACACAUUUUGUUCCUGUUUAAUUCUAGGAAAGUUUGGUUUUCUUCGGAUUUUGACUGUUGUUGCAAACGUAGUAGUACAAGUUUUUUAUGAGUGAAUGAAAAUUGAUAAAAUGUUUUGAACUGACUAUUCCACUCAUGUUCUCGAGAACCAAUCAGAAUCGACCAUUUUUACGGUUUCUCCUGUAUUGCAGCGAUAUUUUUAUGUUCACUAAAGAUUAUCGGACUUGCUCUACCAAUACAGAAGACGAAUUGACGCACACGUGGCCAACCAACCUCCUUUAUCAGUGACAUUAGAAACGUCAAUUAUGUUGGAUGCCAGAAUGAUGGAUGCAGUGUGUGCAACUCUCGCGAGGCAUUCGUUUAUUGUCUCAAUCAUGAAAUAGUCAUAGGAAUACAAAAUACAACUCCUGAUACUAUUUUUCCUGGAAAUAGUAUCACUUAUCACAUAUUAUUAUUUUUAUUUUAGGAAUUGAAAAUCUAACUUUCCAAGAAUUAUAUUGGUAUCGGAUACAUAAUAUGGAACGAAUUAGAAAUAAGUGCCCUAAUAGGGCAUUUAUCAGAAGUUGCCAAAUCGUUUUAACUUCCCGAGAUAUUGGAAAAUAUGUUGAAAUCGCUCAAAACUUGCAAUUAUUGAAAAAGGUGCUUCUCAUAAAUAAUUUGACAUUUCUCAUUUUCUGACAAAAAUGACGGAAAUAAUUAUGUGUUAUACUUUCCAAUGGUCAGUGAUAUUUACAUCAUCGCACUAUUUGAGGUAUUAGGUUCCAAAUUUUGACUUUGAAUGUUGCCAAAUACUUCUAACACAAUUUCCAAAUUCAGAUGAUAACCAUAUAAUAUAUUCAGUGUCCGUUACACAGUUCAUUAUUGAUGAAUUGAAUUUUCCUGGGUGGUUAUUGUGUAGGGAGAAUCUAAAAUCUGGUUUUGACAAACGUCACACGUAACUGCUCGGAUGACAGUUAAUUGAGAGAAAAAUUGUCGCGAAAGUGAGGUUAUACAGACAAGAUAAUAUUGAGAGAAAUUUGAAAAAAUCCAAGCUACUUAGUAGGAAUAAGAUCUCUGGUAAUUGUGAACCGAUUGAAACAUUGCAAUUAAAUAUCAUGGCGUCUAAGCCCACUUCAUGCGAUUUCAUGAACUCAACCCAACCUAACCUGACUUAUGUCAAAACCGAUUUUCAGGUUAUGAUGCAUGCCCAAAAAAAAUGCGUAUUUUUAUGAAAUGUUCAUGAUGAAUAUCUGGUAAAGCCAGUGCUAGGACCUAAAGUUUCUUUUAUUUUCUAAACGAUUCUUGUGAUAAUAGAUCAAAAUAAUUAAUUUUAAGCAUAUGGAUAUAUAAGUGAAGGUACUUUGUCAAACAGAUGUGUUCAUAGAUUCUUAUGAAAAAAUGAUUUUUUAUAGAUUUUUAUACACUAUUAUCAUGGAUUCAUACAUAUUUAUAUACAGUGUGUCCCCCUUCGAGUGUAAUCACUCGUAUAUCGUAGUUUAGUUUUCACUAUUGAAAUCCUGAUCACAAUUCGCAUACCAUAUGAUAGGUUUGCAUUAGGAGAACAUUAUACGAUAGUGGCUACACUUAAAGCGGGACACACUAUAUAUAUAUACAGGGUGUUUCCUAACUAUGGUUCCUAACUGCAGGGAGUAAUUUGUUAGUUCAUUUUAAGAAGAAAAGUUUUCAUGAACAUAUGUCCGGAGUUGCUUCGU